AUGUCCGUUAUGGCUUCCUCAGCACAUGUCCACGGCACUUUCCCUGUCUUCCCGCUAUGGGAGGCAACGGUCGUCCUCCUAAUCGGGGCUGCACUGCUCUACCCGGUGAUAUGCUAUUUCCACGACCCGAAGAAACUGCGACGGUUUCCAGCGCCCAGCAUAGCAGGAUUCACCAACCUUUGGAUGAUGUUCCAACAGUACAAUCACAAUCGUGCUCUUUCUACCCACGCUGCGCACGAGAAGCUGGGCAAGAUCGUCCGUGUCGGGCCAAACCACAUCUCCUUUGUCGGCCGACAAGCCACCAAAGAUAUCUACGGCCACGGAACGCCAGCCCAGAAGGAUAAAUUCUACAUCUCGUUCACUGGCACUCACGAGAGCAGCCUCGAUGUGACCGACCGCCACAUGCACAGUGAGAAACGGAAGCGCCUCGCAGCUGCAUUCGCGCAGAAACGCAUCGCGGACAUGGAGCACCUUGUUGUCGAGGAUAUUCAGCGCCUACUUGUCCGAUUUGACAAAGCCGUGGACGAGCAAGAACUCAUCAACGUGCGGUGGUACAUCAACAUGCUCCUCUUCGACCUUACCGGCGACCUUGUGUUCAGCCAGAACCUCGGAUGUGUCGAGCGUGGCGAUGAUCUGAUGCAGGCGCAGAAGCUCGACGGUACAAAGUACUGGACGAAGCCGGCGGAUGCACUACGCAAUUCCCUCCGCAUUGGCUCGACAAUGGGCUGGAACGCUGAUCUCUUCCCGUACCUCAAGCGACUGACGUGGUGGCAUGAGGGCUGGAAGGGAGGCGCCGAUUUCACGGCGAUUGUGCUGCACAUGGUUCGGACCCGACUGGAGAGGGAGAAGGAGGGCGUUGAGCUCAACGACUUUUUCAAAUCUCUGGUCUGGGACCGUAAUGGCGAUCCCCUCGGUCUUGAGAUUGGCGAGAUGGUUGCAGAGUGCGGCCUGCUCCUCAACGCCGGAUCGGACACGACAUCGAUUGUCCUCACCGGCACAAUCUACCUUCUGACAAAAUGGCCACGGACCGCGGAGAAACUGCGCAAAGAGCUUGACGACGCUCUCGGUGACUCGGACGAUCAUGGUGUUUGCGCCUUUGACGAAGUCAAGAACCUGCCAUACCUACGAGCUUGCGUGGAUGAGGCCAUGAGAAUGAGGCCUCCGCUACGUGGAGGCUUGCCACGAGUGACACCACCGGAGGGCAUGAUGAUUGCAGGCGAGUGGAUCGCCGGCAACACGACGGUCUCGGUACCGACCUACUCCCUUCAUCACGACCCUGACUUGUUUUCGGAUCCCUGGACUUACAAGCCCGAACGUUGGCUCGAGGAUGACGCUGCGGAUUUGCAGCAAGUGUUUAUCCCGUUCUCGGCCGGUGGGCGUGGAUGCAUUGGCCGCAAUGUUUCGUAUUUGGAGCUUCUUGUUGUAGUCUCGACAUUGAUGCGGCGUUACGAGUUUGAAUUCGAGAAGCCAGACUUCGAACUCGAGACCAAGGAUACCGUGAAUGCGCAUCCAGGGCCUAUGAUGAUGAGGAUUCGGAGGAGGAAGCGGAAUGUUGAUCAUGAAGAGAUUGUUUAA